UCUGCAAACUGCUGGUCCCAUCUUCAUCCUAUUAACAUGUUCAACAAUGUUAAGUUCUACCACAGCAAAGCUCUCACCUCCCCAUAUCCAGGAUCACACGUUGAGCGUAGCCAAGUUCCUGAAGAUAAAGUGGGCUGGCUGACUGAGUGGAAAGAUUAUAAUCCUGUGGAGUACACUGCAACAUCUGUUUUGGCUGGACCCAGUUGGGCAGAUCCCCAGAUCAAUGAUAAAGGCUUUUCUCCCAAAUUCAAUGAGAAAGAUGGAGAAGUGGAGAGGAAGAGUCUGAAUGGCUUGUAUGUAGUUGAAAAUGGGAGGCCCCGAAAUCCAGCGGGGAGGACUGGCCUCUCAGGCAGAGGAUUGUUGGGGCGCUGGGGACCAAACCAUGCUGCUGAUCCUGUUGUAACAAGGUGGAAGAGGGAUGGAAGUGGCAAUAAAGUUGCUCAUCCAGUUACUGGCAAAAACAUCUUGCAGUUCAUAGCUAUCAAGAGAAGAGACUGUGGGGAGUGGGCCAUUCCAGGGGGGAUGGUGGACCCAGGGGAGAAGAUCAGUGCUACCCUGAAGCGAGAAUUUGAGGAGGAGGCCCUGAAUUACUUGCAGAAAUCGCCUGAGGAGAAAGCAAAAUUGGAGGAGCAGCUCCACAAGCUUUUCAGCCAGGAACACUUUGUGGUGUACAGAGGAUAUGUGGAUGACCCUCGUAACACUGAUAAUGCCUGGAUGGAGACGGAGGCUGUGAACUAUCAUGAUGAAACUGGUGAGACAAUGGAUAAUUUGCCUCUGGAAGCAGGCGAUGAUGCUGGAGUUGUGAAGUGGGUUGACAUCAGUGAGAAGCUUCAGCUGUACGCAAGUCAUAGCUACUUCAUUAAGCUUGUGACUGAGAAAUGGGGAGCCCACUGGAGUGAGGACCCUGGUCCUGAGUGCCAUGAGUGAUGUAAAUGAAGAAUCAAUGGACACCAAGGGGAGAAUGUGUUUUCCAGCUUUGGAAGAGAUGGCAUUCUCCUUUUCAGUGGAAAUUCAGUGAAAACUCUGGAAUUCAGCUGGCGAAAACACUUAACAGGGUUAAAUAGAGGCUGUUUCAGAGACUUCGGAUUGCUUCUUUUGCUUUGUGAGCUAGUG